GAGAGAGCGAGAGCGAGAGCGAGAAGAUGAUGUCGGCAUUUGCUUUGCAUCGUUAUAGCCGAUGCGUUUCCCGCCUAAAAUCUCUGCAUUGUGGGAUCAAUCGAUUCGGUCCUCGGCUCUUCUCCACCUCCACAGCGGCUGAGGAUCGUGACGGCGGUUGCCCAACGGGUCCGCCGCCGAUCCGAGUUGGGCUCACCGAGUCGGCGGGUCGGGGCGUGUUCGCGACGCGGAGAAUCGUAGCUGGCGAUCUUAUUCACACCGCGAAGCCUGUGGUGGCUUACCCUUCUCUUUCCUCUCUCGAUUCUGUCUGCUACCUUUGCCUCAGAAAACUCAAGGAAUCUGCUAAGAUUCAAGUUGGGGAUGUUUCGUUCUGCAGAGAAGAUUGCAAAGUCAACGCAAAGGGUUUCUACGAUGUUGAAGCAAGAGCAGAUUGGUCAAGUUUUCUUGAUUAUUGUAGGAUGCACAACGUCAAGUACCCACUUAUGGUUAAGCGGUUGGCUUGUAUGAUCAUAUCGGGUGGUCAAUCAGCCGAUUGUCUUGACAUACUUCAACCUGCUGCUUUGUCUUCUGAGAUGAUUACAAAGAUGGAAGAAGGUUUUGGUAUGCUAUGGAACUCCUUCAGGAAGGCAAAUUUCAAGGAUGAAGAUGUUGCUUUUCUAACCAAACAAUGGUACAUGGGUGUGCUUGCACGGAUUCGUAUCAAUGCAUUUCGUGUUGAACUUGUUGGAAGCUCAUGGGAAGAUAUAUUUUCGCUUGCUUCUGCUUCUGUUGAAGGUGAAGCUAAUGUUGGCCAUGCUGUCUAUUUGCUUCCUUCCUUCUACAAUCAUGACUGUGAUCCAAACGCCCACAUAUUAUGGAUAGAGAACACAGACGCAAGAUUGACGGCUCUUCGUGACGUCGAGGAAGGAGAGGAGCUGAGGAUAUGUUACAUAGAUGCAAGUAUGGGAUAUGAAGCUCGGCAGAGGCUACUCUCUGAAGGGUUUGGUUUCUGCUGCAACUGCUUGCGCUGUCAGUCCCGUGACUGAGGGGGGAAUGCUUUCCCCUUCCUCCUUCAGAGGCAGAGCCGAUCAAAGAAAGCUUUUGUACAAUCUUGUAGCUACUGAGGUAUUGUGUUUCUUUUAUGGGUCCUUGGAUUUGAUCUCUUCCAAGAGUUCUGUUUGUGCCGCUCUGUCGAUUUUGUGACGUUGAAGUUAAAUAAUCUGAGAACUUUACAUGAUGGUUUUAGCGUGUAUAUAUUAUUAAUACGUUUUCUA